AAGCUCCGCAGCCACCGCCGCGACCAGAAGUGGCACGACAAGCAGUAUAAGAAGGCCCACCUGGGCACGGCGCUGAAAGCCAACCCCUUCGGCGGCGCCUCUCACGCCAAGGGGAUCGUCCUGGAGAAAGUUGGAGUGGAAGCUAAACAGCCCAACUCUGCCAUCAGGAAGUGUGUGAGAGUCCAGCUGAUUAAGAAUGGCAAAAAAAUAACAGCUUUUGUUCCUAAUGAUGGAUGCCUGAACUUCAUCGAGGAAAACGAUGAAGUUCUGGUUGCUGGUUUCGGUCGGAAGGGUCAUGCUGUUGGUGACAUUCCUGGAGUUCGCUUCAAGGUUGUCAAAGUAGCCAAUGUUUCUCUUUUGGCUUUGUACAAGGGCAAGAAGGAGAGACCAAGAUCAUAAAUUCAGAUUAAUUUUCCAGGAAUGUCAAUAAAAUUUUAAUUGGAAAAA